CGUCGCCUCACCUUUCCGGCUUUUUUCUCCAUCGCAUACCAAACCUCCUCCUACCACCACCACCACCACCACCAUCAACUCAUCCCCCUUCCUUUUCGCGGAUUGCUGCAUCCUAUUCUCCAGGCUUUAGACCAUAUUGUAAUGACGCCUGUAUAUUGACACCAUUUUCACUCACCCUCCUUUAGUCUCUCUUCUUGUUGACGGCUUUCUAUUUUCCCUCUUUCGCAUCUCUCAAUUUUGCUCCGAGAGCGGGAUCCGAUCGUUGCUGUGCAAAUUCCUCUUUAUUCCUCAGCAAACGCCCCCCAUCAUCCCAGGAACCGGAAACUAAGUCGGGAAGCGGUUGAAUUGGCAUACAGCGCAAUCAAUUCCUUACUUCUUGGCUUGGCCAAGUCGAGCCUCUCCUAGAACGAUAUCGAUAUCGAACGACCUCUGGGUCCCUAGUACCAUCUUGAUAACGCUCCCGACCAUCAUACCCCUCGACGGACGGCCGAAAAAUCGGUCCCAGUUGAGGUAAUCCAGGGCCGUAAAACUCGAUCAUCCAACUUUGGCACUGGCGAUCACACACUCCCUCACACUAUACGACAUCUAGACGAGCCUAAUAGGCUUGACAACCGCGCGUCUUCAAGACCAAUCUUAUUUGUGACCUACCACACCUGAUGACGACCGGGAAUACAUAAUCGAUAAUGUCGACUUCUAGAUCAGACCACCUGACAAUCAACAACUAUGCCCAGGCUGCAUCGGGCCAACAGCGGUCGUCCUCGCCCACGACAAGCACGUCUCCCAAUGAUCCAUUGGGAGCUCCCAUGAGGUCACCGUUUGGGCUCUCGUCCAGCAAAAUGCAGGGAAUUUCACGUUCCGGCAAUGGUUCUCCCUCGCACGACUUGGGUGCCUCCAGCAGGUUAUACAAAAGUCGCGCCCGCGAGCUUCAGCAGCAGGAAGGAAUGAGUGGCUUGCCUAACCCUUGGGGUGGACCUCCCACCAGUGGCAACUCCACGCCCCUUCGUGAGAACAUACCCGAAUCCCCAACAGAUGGUUUCCCGGACUUUGCACAGCUUCCGACUUCAGACAGCCUCCCCCAACCGAGGCGAGCCCGCGCCGGGACCUUGCCCUCAAGGUUCUCCCCCGGUGGUGCCAGCAACGGCCUGCUGAACAUUCCAUCCUUGGCUGCUAAGACCUCAAGGCCAACCCCUACCCAGAGCCCCUUUAACAAGACUCCCUCACCAGGCCUGGAGCCCUCGGAGCCACAGCCUAGUUCUUCUACUCUUCUUUCCAGAUUGCGUGCAGGAUCAAUGCCACAACGCAGCCCGUUUGCACCCCAAAUCCCGGGGACAAGCUCACCUUUCGGCCCGUCCAUAUUCACUAGCUGGAACCCGACCGGCACUGGCCGUGAACGUGGUGCGACCCUGGCUAGCAUCGCAAGCAUUGGUUCUAAUGGCCCGGAUUCGCCUGCCCAAUCCGCAUUUUCUGCAGGUGGCGCAGGUGAGAACGAUGUCCACAUGCGCACCCUUGAUUACCUAGGUCUGGCAGAGACCACGCCGCAGCCAUCUAGGGCACAACUUGCCACGCCAUAUAUCCCAACCUUGGCAGACUUCACCAAACAGGCAAACCGAUUUCGAUCUUACUCUGUCAAUAACAAGGAUAAAUAUGCCGACGAGGAGGAGGAUGAAUUUGACCCCGAUGAGCUCGCGGCCUACGAGGCCCGCCUGGUUGCUGCCCAGCUCCAAGAUCAGCUUGCGGCGACCAACGCUGCGAUCCACAACCACAAUCUUGCCGUACAGCAGGCGUUUGCAAGCCAGGCUGCCGUCUCGCGGCCUCGCGCUAGAACUGCAGGCGUCCUGGAUGCUCCAUCACGCAUUAUGCGGGGCUUCUAUCCGACCCCGUCGCGUCUUGAUAAUGCUAUGAGUGCAGCAGACAUUAGGCUCGCCGACGACAAGGACUUCGACGAGCUACCAUCGGCCGUUGCUGCCCUCACUCUAGGAAGAUCCAGCAGCACGAACAACGGUCUUCUCGGCGUGGAAGAGCAGGGUCUUGAAGGUCCUACGAGUGCUCUCUGGCUGGGUAGCAUUCCUACUUCUACGACGACUUCGACACUGACUGAGAUGUUCAAAUCAUACGGACCAAUUCUGUCUGCUAGAGUCCUUACCCACAAGAACUGCGGCUUUGUCAACUUUGAGCGUAUCGACAGCGCAAUCUCGGCCAAGUCUGGUAUGAACGGCAAGGAGAUCUUUCCUGGAGCGGGCCCCAUCCGCAUCAACUUUGCCAAGCCCCCUUCGGCUUCCAACACCCCCGGUCAUGACGGCGCCUUCCCUUCCCCGAGCCCCGAUCCGUUUGCCAAGGGACAAGAAGGAGCACAAGCCGGAAAGGCAGGUGGUGCAGGUAGCGACUCUUCAGCACCGCAACCUGGAAACGUGACUCCAACGGUGCCACCCCUGCGGGAGAUGGCCUCUGAUAUUGCAGCCAUUGUACAGCAGUUCGGUGCUACUGAUGAAGACACGUUCCGCAUCUCACACAGCGUGCAGAGAGCUACCCAGUUCACCAACUUUGCCGACGAGAUCCCUCCGAUCAAGGAGCCUGGCCACACACGUGUCCAUGAUGCACCCAAGCUACGUGAUAUUCGCAAGAGGAUUGACAACCAAAGCUUGUCGAACGCCGAGAUCGAGAGCAUCGCUGUUGACAUGCUACCUGAGAUUGCUGAGCUGUCAUCGGACUACCUUGGUAAUACUGUUGUCCAGAAAUUGUUUGAGCACUGCAACGAUGAGCUGCGGGACGCCAUGCUCGGCGAGAUCGCACCCCAUAUGGCUGAGAUUGGUGUCCACAAGAAUGGCACCUGGGCCGCACAGAAGAUCAUUGACGUGUGUAAGACACCGAAGCAGAUGAUGAUGAUUGUGGACCACAUUCGACCUUACACAGUGCCGCUCUUUUUGGACCAGUAUGGAAACUAUGUUCUACAGGGAUGCCUUAAGUUUGGAGCCCCGUACAAUGACUUCAUCUUCGAGACUAUGCUUAGCAAGAUGUGGGAGAUCUCGCAGGGCCGUUACGGUGCUCGCGCCAUGCGGGCUUGCCUGGAAAGCCACCACGCGACCAAAGAUCAACAACGAAUGCUGGCGGCCACGAUUGCCCUCCACAGCGUGCAGUUGGCCACGAACGCUAAUGGUGCUCUGCUCCUGACAUGGUUCCUGGACACAUGCACGUUCCCUCAACGGCGCACUGUUCUCUCCCCGCAGCUGAUCCCUUACCUUGUCCACCUCUGCACGCACAAGGUUGCAUAUCUUACAGUGCUCAAGGUUAUCAACCAGAAGACUGAAGCCGACGCUAGGGACACGAUUCUCAAGGCGCUCUUCUUCACAAAGAACGAUCAAGUCUUGGAAGCCAUCCUCUCGGACCAUGCUUGCGGUGCUACCUUGAUUUUCAAGGUCCUCACCACCCCAUUCUUUGAUGAGAACAUCCGGAACCAGGUUGUUGAAAAUGUCAAGAACGUCCUCGUCCGAAUCAAAGCGCAGCCGUCGCAGGGCUACAAGCGUCUUAUGGAUGAGGUUGGCCUGUCCACUCGCAACGGAGGUGUUUCGCGGGACCACAGCUCAAACAACGACCGCCCACGUCCCGGAUCCAGGCAGGCUAGCAUGAAUUCGCACCACCGCGAGCAGCAGCAGCAGUCCCAGGCCCAGCAGAAACAACAGUCGCCGGCGCAGACCCAAGUCCAGCAGCAAGCUCAACAGACCCAGACUCCGCCCCAAUAUGGCGGGUCAAGCCAGUUCUUCAACCCGCUAAACUCCACUUCUGGCGGGCAGGGUUUCGAGUCAGGCUUUGGCAUGGCUAGGAGCGACAGUGUCGAGCCGAACCUUCCGCAGCAGUUCCCUGCCUACGGAGCGCAGUCCCAGAUGUUCCCUGGUGCCAAUGGGCCGAUGGGCAGCGCGGUGAACCUGCAGCAGUUGCAGUACCAGCAGAACCUGUUGUCCCGGGCCACUCCGCCGAUGGGCAGCUACUUCCCUUCUAUGCAGGGCGGUUACCCAGGCUUCCCCAACCCUGCUCCCUCGAUGGACCAGUUCCGCAGUCAAGGUCUGGCCAACGGCAGCCCUAUUCAACCACCCAGUGCUCCCAUGGCAAUGCCAGGCGGCCAAAUGGGUCAAGUUCCUUUCGGUGGCCCACCUGGCUUUGGAAUGCCCGCUGGUGCCGGUGCGAUGCCUGACGGGUUUGCGUACGGAGGCAUGCAAAAUGUGACGUACAUGCAACAGGGUCAGGUCAACAACGCAAGGCGCGGACGUGUAAGCUCACAGAACCUGACCCAUGAUCGUUUGCAGUGAGCAAAGGAACCAGAAGACUGACAAGCCUGCUCGUCAUGUUUUAUAGCAGCGAUGAUGGUCGACGUCUUGAAAUUUUUGAAAAAGCAUACAACUACGUAGCUGGCCUCGACCGGAUCGGAAGAAGGCACGGGAUUCGAGACCACCUCCAGCUGCUUUGAUGAGGCAUCGAUAGGGCGUUCUGGGGCGUACAGAUUCUAGCUACAACCGGCUCGCAAGACGAGCUGGAAAUGUCGCAAGUUCAAUCUUUUCUUUGUUUCCUUCUCCUUUUUUCUUCUUCUUUCAUUUACCUCAUCUUCUGGGUGUACAACAUGUGUAGAGAUUCUUUUUUCUGCCGGCACUCAGUUUCGUUCUUUAUAUUCAUCUUCUUUAACGUAUUUAGAGAGCUGCAUGGGUGAAAAAAAAAGAGAGAGAUAACCAGAGUACAAAACAAACAUCUACGCACUUAUACGGUCAAGCAGCAAGGAGGGAGGGGGACAACUAGGGGGAUGGAAUACGGAGGCUUAUCAUAUUUUUGCUUUCUUGCUACUUGUGUUUCUGUUACUGGACCAGUUGUUAUAGCGAUGCCCGUCCUACCGUUGUCAUCGUUGCGUUUGUGAUUAAGGAUCGAGGUUGGGUGGACGAGUUCGAACGACAACUAUCUGGCGACAAGUUACGGAAACGAUAGAGUGGAUGUAUGUACAAGUGCUGGACGCUCUAUGAAAAUGUUUAAACACAUAUUAAACUUGG